AUGUUGAGCGUGUCCCUCUCGUUGUUUUCAUCGCAGGCAGCGGCUACUGUGGAAAAACCGCCAUUGCACACAGUUUGGGACUCGAAGCUCAAUACACACAAUGUUGUUAGCACAGAUGUGCUGUUGGAAAUACUCACCUCUGUCCAUAACGGGUUUCCCCCAGAGUCUGUCUGCACCGGAAAGGAUGUGGGUGGGCAAGUUUCUUGGCCGCAGCCCGACGAAGAGUUCCUCUGGCUCUAUAAGGCCAAUACGGAAGAGGAGUUUGUCUCCGCGUGGUGUGCGUGGUCGGAAGCGAUACGCCCGCUUGUCGAGGAAGAGGUCAAUAAGGCCAUAACAGAGGGCAGAGUUCUUAUUCUGGAAGGGUGUCUUCUUAACCUUGCCGCGUAUAGGGUGUAUCUUCUGCGGCAAUUUCAGCGACGUCAUGGCGCCAUUGUCAUUGCUUUUUACGUCACCUCGCACGAUGACUCACGUCGCUUUUCCGUCGAGCGAUUUCUUUCUUCCUUUCACGCCCUUCUCCCGGCGUCCUACCGGGGCAACCAGCCCGCCGCGGUGGCGUGGAUGAUGCGGCGUGUGGCGGCUGUGGAGGCGGUUCAAGCUCGGUGGUUCGGUGGCAAUAACAAUACUAGUGGAGCUGGUGGCGUUGGUGGCAUGCGGCGGUGUUGGAUUGCCGACAAACAGCACGGUGGCACCGCGUCGGCCGCACGCGCCGCAGACGACGAAACUGAAGUGUGCGCUACUGGAGGUGAGACGAGUCUACCGCCGUCGGCCUCAGCACUGGGCGCCGAGUCGGUGGAGGGAGCCGAGGAAACCGUCCAGGUGCAUUGUGCCACGUUCUCCGUGGAGGCACCGUCGGGGCCCGCCGAAGUGAUGCAGGACCUCGUGCUAGAGAGAAUAAUGUCGGAGCUCCGCCAACGGCACUCCCUGGUGUAG